UUGUCUCUAUGUGCCAGUUGAAAUCCCUGAGUGCUGAGCAACCACAGCACUGAAAGGCAGGAGGAGAGCAAGAGCAAGGUGGAAGAAAAGGGGGAGGUACUCCAGCAUGCACUUUUAGAAAAAUCAGCUCUAUAGUUCUCGAAAAUCAAAGGGACCGGACGGUUUCAGAACACUCUCUCUCCUUGGAGCGGUGUAUUUCUUUAUUCCAUGAGUGCUGCAAGCGUGCUCAGGUCUUUCAGUCCAUCAGCAAUGCCUGGCCCAGUAAUGCCGAUGGAUGUGGCUGUGAGAUUCUACAUUAGCCACUCUCCGCCUCCCCUCCGAGGUUUCCUCAGCUCCUACGAGGAGCUGCAGAGGGCCAAGAACCGGGUCAACCAGUCCACCACCCGCAGCCACAACCAGCAGCUCUACAAACCCCUGCGGCCCUGCCUCAGCAGCCAGCAGAAAGUGGUGGAUGAUGGCAGCUGCGUCAGCUGGAACAACAAGGCCGGGAAGAAGAGGGUGGUGUUCGCAGACACAAAGGGCAUGUCACUGACCGCCAUCCACGUCUUCUCAAAGUUUGACGAUGAGCCGUAUCAAAACAAGCGUUGUGGGGGAGUCACGGAGGAGCUGCAGUUUGACAUGACAGACCUGGAAACAGCCACAGUGGAUCUAAAGAUCAGCUCGGUGCGCAGCCUGGCACUGGACUUUAAACAGCCCUCAGCCGACUACCUGGACUUCCGGAACCGCCUGAUUCAAAAUUCGGUCUGCUUGGAGAACUGCUCGCUGCAGGAGCGCUCGCUGACUGGCACCGUCAAGGUCCGGAACAUUGGGUUUGAGAAGUCAGUGCAGGUGCGCGCCACCUUCGACUCGUGGACCAGCUUCACCAACGUCGAGUGCACCUUCAUGAACAACGUCUACGGCUGCCAGGAUUCUGACACCUUUGCAUUCGUUCUGGAGCUACCUACCUAUGUCCCACCACAGAAUCAGGUCGAGUUCUGUGUCUGCUUCAAGGUCCAAGGUCAGACCUUCUGGGACAAUAACGAUGGCAAGAACUAUGUUCUCAGGCACGUCGGCUUGAACGGAGAGGACCUGAAAAAUCUGAACGCCCCAACUUCUGUCGAGCAGAAGAAGCAUUCAGAGCAGAUAUACGGGGGCAUGAAGCUGCUGGAGAUGGAGUUCGAUCAGUUUGGCAGCCCACGCAUGUCCAGUGGACUCUUUCCUGGCUGGCAGAGCUGGGGUCAGAUUGAUAGUACAGUGCCUUAUUGGUGAAAGGGCGCUGAAAUAAGACAAGAGGGCAUUCAGAAUCCAGCUGUGGAGUUUCAGCUUGGACUGGCUCUCAGCCAGAAAGUAAACUGAAGCAAACAACCUUGAGGAAACCAGCAGAGAAAGUGCACAAACCAGACAGAAACCCAACUGUAAUGUGCUCAACUGACCUGCUUUUUGCUGUAACAUGGUCACUUGGCCUGAGAGACCUGUAGAACUGUGGUCGGAGAAUGAGGGAAUUACGGGGGAAAUCGGUCGUGUUUCCUCUUUUGUAAAAUUAUUAAUGUGCCUUCUUAGAGUGCCAGCCCACUAAAAUACAGACUGUCUGUGCAAUCCACAACAAAUGUUAAGCCCUUUACGAGGGCCUGAUGUAUUGGUCAAAUAUGCACUGAUUGAGAUGUCCCUCUCAAUGGGAUGUCUGUCAACUGAAGAAGUGGAAAUGGAGCUGAUUAAGUCCUUCAUAUUGAAGGGAAAGUACGGGGAGUGCAUGACAAAAACAACGCUUCUCUACUACAGGAAGCACAGCUGAUUUAUAGCUAAUGAAAAAUGCACACUAAACGUUUGCACCUUCGAACGAGGAAAAUAAUUCAACAUGAUUCAAACCUGCCUUAAUUUUGAAAUUUGAGUCAUGCGGCCCUUUCUUUCCCUCAAUGUAAGUUGCACAUGUUCGUCUGAUGAAAAAUGUUUGGAUGAUUUACUUUUGAGUUAAGUUUGUCAAGGAACUGAGCUGCUAUCAACAGAUGUGUCACAAGAGAGACUCUGCAGGUGAUUGGUUGUCUUGAACUGAUAGAAGUAGGGAAAUUUCCGUGGUUAUGGUACGUCAAGAGAGAAAUGGUGUAAAUACUGAAUGUUUUUAUUUGCCUGUUUCCACAAGUGCAAUUGUGUGAUGAGUGUACAGUAUGUGUGGCUGGAAUUGAUAUUUUUUUUUCUUUUGUGAAGCAAUGUAUUUUUUUCUCAAUUUUCUCACUGUGAAGAAAGAUCUGUGCCCGAGUGUUUUGGGUUUCACUUGAAGGUGUGUGUUGCCGACAUGCACCAUGUCACCAUGUGUUUCCUUUUCUGAAAUAAACUUCUAUAUUUGUGCUAAAAUA